GUCCACUACACCUUCAGUCAACCAACCAACCCCCCCUCCAAAUACUAUAUAAUGUAAUCAAUUCCCCUACCGUAUUUGUCUAAUACCUCUCCCUCCAUACACCUAUAUUCUAUUCGAGUGUCUUAAUCUUCAACUCCACAGCGACUAUGAAGCUCUCAAUCCUUUCCCUGGCGUCUCUCGCGCCCCUGGUUUCCGCUCACUUCAAGCUGAACUACCCGACUAGUCGUGGAUUCGAUGAGGAUAAGAUGACUCAAUUUCCCUGCAGUGGACUGUCUCAAUCUUCGGAACGGACGAAGGUCUCUCUUUCCGCCGGUGACUUCCCUGUUGCCUUGACAAUGGGCCAUGCCCAGACAGCUGUGGAAGUGCUUCUUGCUCUUGGAAACGACCCUGGCACCAAUUUCAACAUUACUCUCCACCCGACCUUCCGAGUGGAGGGGUUGGGCUCCUUCUGCCUCCCCAAUAUCACUUUCGAUGAGUCCAUCGUCGGCGUCAAGUUGACAGAAGGAAUGAACGCAACCCUGCAGGUGCAGAGCAAUGGUGACCCAAGCGGUGGUCUUUACGCGUGUGCUGAUAUCCAGUUCACGGAGGCGGACUACUCCGCACCCUCCUCUUGCUCGAAUAACACUGGAGUUAAGGCGACUUCAUUCACCGGGGAUGCCGCAAAGCGCAAUGCGAACGAGUCCACUGCCGAUGGUCAGGCGCAGAGCGGCUCCUCGUCGCCCUCCUCUUCUUCCAGUUCUUCUACCGGUAGCGCUACAUCCACUGCUGGUGCGGUCGCCCUAGAGACUGCCGCUUGGGGAAUGUUGGGUGCUGCAGUUGUUGGUGGGAUGGCAAUUCUGUGAAUUUUACCUUCAGGUAGUUCUUCCAGGCUAUGGGAGAACAAUAAGUCUACGGCUCUUUUUUUUUUUCCCGCUUUCCUUUUUUCUUCCUGCCCUUCACUCUAUAUAGAGGGGCUGUUAUGGUCAUGAGUAAUGAUUCUGUUGUCCUAUGACGCAUCCAUUGUAUAUUAUAUCUUUUUAUAUCCUGCAGCUAUGCACAAUCUGAAAAAGCCAUGCCUGGCCCAACAGGAUAGGAGAAUAAACUCCACGGUCUUCGUUCUUUCAUAUUCUCCCGUAUCAGCGUAUAGUAUGACGAAGCGUUA